AUGGGCUGCUCCGGCUCCAAAGUCACGGUGGCGACCUACAAUCUUUAUUGGUGGUACAAGACGAUCGCCAAUAACGCACCUUUUGACUUAGCCGGCUUCCAAGAGUGCGACAAUGUCCAGCAAGUGUUGGGUGGUUCCGGCAUCCGAUCUUUCGACUUCUAUGCGCCGCAAGGAAGCGACGCCCCGCUGGCCUGGAAUGCCACGCGCUUCCAGAAGAUAGGGGGUCCCGGCAGCGAGCAUAUCGCCGAGGACAAGUAUGGUGCAAGGCUGAUGAACUGGGUCCGGCUUCAUGAUGGCGACACGAACGCGUCCAUCUUCUUUGCGAAUACGCAUGGGCCUCUGAACCAGUGCGCGGGUGAGGCUGGCGCAAAGGCAGCGGCCAACUACCAGGCUGCCGUGAACAAGCACAAGCAGCAGGGCGAUGCCGUCGUGUUUACUGGCGACUUCAACUGCGGCAGCAUGGAGGAGACCAUGAUGAUACUGGGCCAAGGCCUCACCAAUGCCGCUACGGACCAGUCUUUCAACGGAGCGGAUCACGUUUUGAUCGAUCAGUCGGUGCAGCUGUGCGGCUCCUCCAGCACUCAGGGCUUCCCCUCCGAUCAUGAGUUCUUAAAAAUGGAGUUGACCUUGAAGACAGGAGCCCAUGAUCCUGCUUCUUCCCCUGCGCUGCUGCAACCACCUCCACCGGUGGCACCUGUUGCGUCAACAGCGCUUGCGACGCCAGCGCUGCCGGCAACGCCAGCAGCGCCUGCAGCUCCUGCGCCGGUGCUCGCGGCUCCUGACCGCCAUAGUGCAUCCAACUGCCCACCUCCUGGGAAGAAUCCCUGCUGCACAACUUGCCCUACAAGUUAUUUCUGUCCAUCCAACCAGGGAUGCUAUGCGGAGUGGCAGACUGGCUGCCCUGGGGAUCUGUGCCCCUCCGAGACGCCUAUCCUGCUCUGA